AUGGAUAAGCCCACACCUGACGGGCAGCCACCGCAAGGAUCUGAGAAUGGUAUUCCAAGCCAGGAAGAGUCCGAAAGCUCGCCACUGCAAUGGCCCCAGUCCAAACGAGUUGGGCACGUUAUCCUCGUCAGUGUCCUGACACUAGUAAUGAACCUUUCGUCAACGAUAUUUACACCCGGAGCUAGGUUCUUCGCAGAGGAGUACGGGAUUACCAACCCAAGCCUACAGACCCUAAUAGCCAGCAUUUAUAUGUUAGGGCUUAUGUGUGGCCCGCUUGCUAUUGCGCCUUUGUCCGAGCUUUAUGGGCGUCUUAUUCCGUACCAUGUAUCGAACCUCAUAUUCUUCGGUUUUACAAUAGGUUGUGCCAAGUCAACUAGCACGGGGAUGUUUCUCGCAUUCAGGUUCCUAGCAGGCUGUGCAGGCUCAGCACCGUUGACAAUCGGCGGUGGCACCAUUGCAGACGUUAUUCCAAAGGAGCAACGAGGUGUGGCAAUGGGUAUGUUUUCGUUGGGGCCGACACUGGGGCCGUCGCUAGGGCCUAUAAUAGGCGGCUUUGUUGCACAAUACAAGGGGUGGAGAUGGACAUUCUGGGUGCUCUUGAUUCUGCACGGAUCCGUUUCGUUGGCGUGCCUUAUCUUUAUGCGAGAGACUUUCACAGAAGCCCCUCAGGCUGGCCAGUACCCUGCUUCCGAACAGAAAAAGAUAACUGCGAACAGGCUGCCAACCCACGUCUUCCUACGCGCGUUACUGACCCCGAUAAAGCUCCUCAUCUUCCAUCCGGCAGUACUCCUGACCUCACUCUCUGUCGCAUACGCCUUCGGACUGUCUUUUCUGCUUUUUACCACAUUUCCAAACAUUUUCCAAAUGCAAUAUGGCUUCUCACUUGGUAUUUCAGGUCUUUGCUACCUCGGGAUGGGCUCAGGGAUGUUAGUUGGCGUGGCCAUAUUCAGCCUGACAAGCGAUAAAUUGCAGGAGUGGCACCGCCGGCGCAAUUUCUACGAGCCAGAAAACAGACUCGCCCUUAUGGCCAUAUUCUGCCCUGUGAUACCAAUUGGCUAUUUUUGGUACGGAUGGUGUGCCGAUAAGGUAACGCAUUGGAUUGUACCGAUCAUCGGCACCUCGCUGAUCGGACUGGGCACUUUAUUCACAUUGAUGCCAGUGCAGCUCUAUCUCAUCGACGCCUGCGGGCCUAAGAAGGCUGCCUCCGCUCUAGCAGCAAAUACAAUAUUACGUUCCAUUGCAGCAGGUCUGUUACCUCUUGCUGGACCACCAUUAUAUGAUACACUUGGUUUGGGUUGGGGAAAUAGUUUACUUGGGCUUUUAGCUAUCCUGUUCAUACCUGUUCCUUGGCUGCUUUAUCGGUACGGGAGACAGUUACGCGAGUGGCCUGAGUCGAGACAUGGAGACUUGUAG